AUGAAAGGAAAGAAGGAAACCGCAGACAUGUGGAUUGAGCAAGUGAAUCCCGCAAUAGGGAAGAAGUUGGAGCCGGUUGAGCGUAACACUGUGGGCGAUGUCAAAUUGGCCGUACGCCACGCACGAGAUGCACAGAAGGUGUGGGUGGCCCUCUCUUUUGCAGAGCGGGCAAAACGCGUGGAAAAAGUGAAGCGUUUUUUGGCCGAUAACGCGGAACGUGGCGCAAGCAUCAUCUCACAAUGCAACGGUAAGACUCGUUGUGAUGCGUUGGCGACGGAGAUCCUACCAAGUGUGAUGGCCUGUGAGUGGUAUGCGGCGAACACCGCCCGUGUUCUUGCGCCACAGAAACUGUCUCGUGGAAAUAUGCUUUUUUUCAACAAGUCGAAUACCCUCCAAUAUAUUCCUCUUGGCGUUGUUGGCAUUAUUUCGCCGUGGAACUUUCCAUUUACCAUUCCAUUCAGCGAGGUGAUUAUGGCGCUGAUGGCAGGCAAUGGGGUUGUGUUGAAGGUGGCGACAGCGACAACGCAUGUUGGACGAUUUAUAGAAGAGUGCAUAAGCGCUGGAGACUUUCCUCCUGGGCUUUUUGUCCACGUCGUUAUGCAGGGUUCUGAUGUUGGUCCAGCAAUGUUGAAGGCAGGUGUAGAUAAGCUCUUUUUUACCGGGAGUGUGCAUAUUGGAAAGCAGUUGAUGGCAGCUGCAGCUGAGACCCUUACUCCUGUGUCGCUGGAGCUUGGUGGGAAUGAUCCAAUGAUUGUCCUCGCCGAUGCCUCUAUUGAGCGGGCUGUGAACUGCGCUUUGUGGGCUGGAUUUCAAAAUGCGGGGCAGGCUUGUGCGAGUGUGGAACGCAUUUAUGUUCAUGAAUCCAUACAUGACGAGUUUCUUUCAGAGUUGGCCGCUAAGACAAGGGCGUUGCGGCAUGGUCCUGAUAUAAACUUUAAUGUUGACAUUGGCGCCGUGACCACUGAAGUACAGCUUCGGACAAUUAAGGAACAUGUGGAGGAUGCCAUUUCCCGUGGGGCACGUAUAGUGGCACAGAGUACGCCCACGGGUGAUGUUUCCAGUGGAAAUUUUUACCCUGCCACGGUGUUAACAGGGGUGACGGCCGACAUGCUGGUGAUGCGGGAGGAGACGUUUGGCCCUGUUUUACCGGUAGUACCAUUUUCAACUGAGGAGGAGGCAAUUGCCAUGGCGAAUGACUGCAGAUUUGCGCUGACGAGUAGUGUGUUUUCCAGAAAUCGCGCCAACGCUUGGCGGGUGGCGGAGAAGCUUGAGAGUGGUGUGGUGAGCAUUAACGACCAUCUUUACGAACACGGCAUGAGCGAGGUUCCAUGGGGUGGGUGGAAGAAUAGUGGCAUUGGCCGCACCCAUGGUGAAUUGGGACUAAAAGAGAUGUGCCAUGUACGCUGCAUCAACGAUGACUGUCUUCCUAGUGGUUUUAUCCACCGGGAUCUUUGGUGGUUUCCUCAGAGUCAUGAGCUUUAUGAUACACUGCUGCAUGCUGUCUCUGUUGCGGCUCCACGUGGGGUCACACAUGCGAUGGUGAAUUUUUUCUCACUUAUGAAGCGGGCAGGGAUGAUUUUUCGACCCUGGCGCCCUCAAAUCGCCACUUGUGAGUCGGCAUUGAGGAGCGCUGCCAAAAAAGAGACCAAAAGUAAGACUUUGUAG